AUGGCUAACAUCUCGUUCACCUACAAAGACGGGAAGGAGAUUGUCCAAGACGUUGGCAAGACGGGGCCUACUCACGUUCAAGGUCAGAGCGGCGAACGUACGGACAACACCGUGGCCGCGGCCCACGCUAUCAAUGAGCGUGUGGCGAACAACCCCGAGCUCGGCACGCAACAGCUGCACCAGCAGACCGAGAGUGCACAGCGCCAUGUUAUCGCACAUGAUGGACACAGCACGAAAGUGUCUGGUAUGAGUCCCGCGGACCCUCGCCGCGUCGUUCAUGCAUGGGUGGCAGGCGCGCACGGCGUGAUGGGCCAGCACCGUGCUCAGAACGCGGAGCAGACGCUGAAGAUCACAGAGCGCCAGAAGAACGACGUGGGCAAGAUGACAGCAGAGACCAGCAAAUACCAGGGAGCCGGUAAAGACGGAAUGGACGCCUACGGAAACAAGGGUAAGGGCAAGGGCAAGGCAAAAGACGGACGCCGCUGA